AUGAGCCAGGUGACCACAGCCAUGAGCCAGGUGACCACAGCCAUGAGCCAGGUGACCACAGCCAUGAGCCAGGUGACCACAGCCUCCACGGAGCUGCCUGGGCAGCCAGGGGGCCCAGCAGCAGCCUUUGGAGUGGCAGACAUCGUCGUGGUGGCUCUGUACUUCACCUUUAUCCUCGCUGUAGGGAUAUGGUCAUCCAUACGAACGAGCCAGGGGACCAUUGGAGGCUAUUUCCUGGCUGGACGAUCCAUGACUUGGUUGCCUAUUGGAGCAUCCCUGAUGUCGAGUGAUGUGGGCAGUGGUUCAUUCAUGGGGCUGGCAGGCACUGCAGCAGCUGGGGGCCUUGCUGUUGGGGGCUUUGAGUGGAACGCCAUCUGGCCACUGCUGGCUCUCGGCUGGAUCUUCUUGCCUGUUUACAUCGCAGCAGGAACAGACAUUUUUGCUGGAGCAUUGUUCAUUCAAACCUCUUUGGGCUGGAACCUCUACUUGUCCACUGCGGUCUUGCUAGCAGUGACUGCUGUCUACACCAUAGUUGGGGGUUUGACUGCUGUGAUUUACACAGACCUGAUACAGACCGUGAUCAUGGUGCUGGGAGCUUUUGUCCUCAUGUUCAUAGGAUUUGAAAAAGUUGGCUGGUAUGAAGGACUUCAGGAGAAAUACAGAACAGCAAUACCAAAGAUCACAGUCCCAAACACAACCUGUCACCUCCCACGUGAAGAUGCCUUCCAUUUGUUCAGGGAUCCCAUCACAGGAGACCUUCCCUGGCCUGGCCUUGUAUUUGGUCUCACUGUGGUGGCUCUUUGGUGCUGGUGCACUGACCAGGUGAUGGUCCAGAGGUCUCUCUCUGCCAAGAACCUUUCCCAUGCCAAAGGUGGCUCAGUGCUGGCAGGACAUCUGAAAACGUUGCCUGUGUUUUUCAUUGUCAUGCCAGGAAUGAUCAGCAGAGCUCUUUACCCAGAUGAAGUGGGCUGCGUGGACCCAGAAAUGUGCAAAAGGAUCUGUGGAGCUGCUGUGGGCUGUUCCAACAUUGCCUACCCCAAACUGGUGAUUGAACUCAUGCCUGAUGGGCUGCGGGGUUUGAUGAUUGCAGUGAUGAUGGCAGCCCUGAUGAGCUCCCUCACCUCCGUUUUCAACAGCAGCAGCACCCUGUUCGUUGUGGACAUCUGGCAGCGGCUGCGCAGGAAAGCCUCCGAGCAGGAGCUGAUGAUUGUGGGCAGAGUCUUCAUCCUCAUCCUUGUGGUCAUCAGCAUUCUCUGGAUCCCAAUUGUUCAGUCAGCCAACAGUGGAAAGCUCUUUGACUACAUUCAGUCCAUAGGCAGCUAUCUAUCCCCACCAAUCACAGCCCUCUUCAUCUUGGCAAUCUUCUGGAAGAGGAUUAAUGAGCCUGGGGCUUUCUGGGGCCUCAUGGCUGGGCUUGCUGUUGGUCUGGCUCGGAUGAUCCUGGAGUUUGCUUACAGUGCCCCAGCCUGUGGGGAGGAGGACAGGAGACCAGCUGUGCUGAAGGACGUGCACUACCUCUACUUUGCCCUCAUCCUGUGUGCCCUCACUGCCAUUGUCAUCGUCAUCAUCAGCCUCUGCACCCCAUCCAUCCCUGAAGAAAAGCUGGAUGGCCUCACAUGGUGGACCAGGCACAAAAGAGCACCUGCCAUAGACCCGAACAACUGCAGCAGUGAAGCAGCAGAGACCACCCCAGAAGACAGAGAGAAGGACCUGGUGGAAACUGCAGAUUCAGGCACUAAGGAGGAGGCAGCAGCCAAGCGUCCCUGCUGGAAAAUGGUGUGUAUGUGGCUGUGUGGUCUGUCCACCGGCCCCACGCCCACCGUGUCCCAGGAGGAGAGAGCUGCCCUGGAGCAGAGACUCACCAGCAUCGAGGAAGAGCCCCUGUGGAGGAAUGUGUGCAAUGCUAAUGCCAUCAUCCUGAUGACCAUCAACGUCUUCCUCUGGGCAUAUUUCGGCUGA